AUGAGGAAACCUAGCAGCGGCGCGACCAUUCUCUGUGGGACUCCGUGGGAAAUGCUGGAGGCCACAAGUGCAUGUGACGUGGAUCGGCUGACUGGCGAUCGGGAUCUGCGACGUCCCCCUGAGUAUACUGAACUCCAAGCCCCCCUCACAGAGCAUCGGCCUAAGUACUUUGAGCAGCUGUAUCAGGUUGACCCUCCAGCAAUUAGUUUGGACGCAAGUGGCGUUGCAGGCCUUGCAUGCUGUCCUGGUGUUCUCCUGGUUGUCCGCAUACCAGGCAAGAUUCUCGCCCAAAUGUCUCUGAGACGGAUCCAAGACCAACUACUGAGGUACCAGAGACUGAAGCAAUCUGGAUUUACCCCUGCCAAGUCCACAAUAGACCAUAUCAUGGUGCUUAAAAUUAUAAUGGAAUGCAGUCGUGAGUUUGCUAGUGAACUGCUCGCAGACUACAUCAACCUCAAGAAGGCAUUUGACUCGGUGCAUCGCAUAUCCCUCAGGGACAUCCUGAGGGAAUUGCAAUAA